AUGCAUGAACCUAUCUUCGUCCUUAAUCCUUUCAUUCCAAAUGCUUUUAUCAAUCUUCCACCUAUAAGAAUAUCAAUUUUACACUGCGAUCCAGUAGUUGUUAGAGGGUUUGGUUACGCUCGUUCCACAGAUGAGUAUAAGGUUGUUAGAAUCUAUUAUCCUCAAUCACGCUACGAAGGAAUAGUGGAGGUAUACACUAUCGGCAGUGGUUAUGGAUGGAGAAAUAAAGGAGAAACUAGUUACUUCUUAUGCGAUUCACCUGGUGUUCAUGUUGAUGGAGCUCUGCAUUGGAUGGAUUAUAAGCAGUGGAAAAUUGUUGCUUUCGACCCAGUAACCGAGGAGUUUCGGGUUCUUCCAUCACCACCUUGUUUCUUCUGGCUUACCCUCGUCACCAAGGUUAUCAAUCUCAUUCAUGCGCCUAACCCAUUUAGGUUUGUGGAAGAUAAUUUCCAACUACACUUACUGGGAGGUUUUCUUUGUGUUAUUCAUAAUAACAAUGGCGAACGUUUAGACAUAUGGGCAUUAAAGAAUGAUGAAAAGGAGCACAAAGUUGAGUUGGUUUGGAGCAAGGAGUUCAGUAUGGAAUGCCUAGAAAAAGAUCACACUUAUGAGCCAUUUGCUAUUACAAGGAACAACAAGCUCCUACUGUGGUACGAUAAGUACAAUCUUUUGUGCUAUGAUCCAAAAAUUGCAGCACUUAGUAAGCUUAGUGAUUAUGAGCAUGUUAGGGAAGACGUCAAAUAUUUUCAGGCAAUUCCUCAUGUGAAGUCUUCUGUUUCAGUGUUAGCUCUUGAAGGUAAAGUCCAAGAGAUCAGUGCAUGCCAACCAAAAGAACAAAAGAGAAGCAUAGGAAGGGUUACUUGGAUAUAG